GAGCAUCAUAGGGUCGUCAGAAGAGGAAGCAUCGACUUCGAGCUAUUGUUCAGGAGACUUCUGAAUUUUCGAAAUGGAGAGUGUCGUGUCGAGCUCUGUUGAUCAGCUGGUCAACUUUGGAACCGCGCAGCCUCAGGCAGCAAGCAGAAUGCAUAUCCUGGAUCUGCCUGACGACGCGCUGAUAUUGAUCGCGGAACGACUGGAUCUUGUGUCCAUCGUAUCCUUCAGCAAAAUGAAUCAGCGGCUUGAAGGAUGCUGCCGAACGGCAUUGGCAACCCUUGGUCUCGGACUGAUCGGCUCCGAGACGAAGAAGUCAGAACACACCUACUACCAACCGCCGACCAAGAAAUGCAGCGCUAUGAAGAGAAAAAAAUCGGGUCAGAGGACACACAGGAAUAGAUGAACGGAAUGCUCCUCGAUUCGGUGUGCAUGAUAUCCCCCCUGCCUAAUAUAAUAAAAGCGCAAUGUAUGUCUGUCU